AUGAUUGAGCGAAGAGUUCAAGAUUCUAUCGAGGAGUCUGUCGGACCCUCUGGUUAUUCGGACAUCGAAUCGGAGAGGAUUGAAGUGAUCAUAACCGGCGAAUUCCGUGACUACGUUGAAAAGAUUACUAUCGGUAAACUCUCUCGGCACAAUUUUAUAUCGACGCUUCGUUUGGAGAAAAUUACCUUCUAUUGCGUCAUGGUCUGCUAUGUGGCUACGAUGGAUAACUUCGCUAUGUUCAAUUUCGCUGUGGUUAGAUAUGGAGCGUUCAUCUAUUUUCCAUUCGUUAUGAGCAUGUUCUGUGUCGGAUUUCCUAUGACUUGUCUUGAACUGGCUUUGGGUCAGUACACUCACGCCUCGGUGCUAGUGAUAUUCGAUCGAAUAGCUCCGAUCGCUGUCGGUCUGUUUCUCACUUAG